AUGUCGUCGCCAACAGUCCAACUCUCCUUCACCCUCCGCACUUCGCCCAAUGUCCGCACUGUGCACUUGCUCGGCUCAUGGGACAACUACAAAUCCCAGCUUCCUUUGUCUUUGGUCAAAGAUCCUGCCGCCAAACCAGGUUCCUGGAAAGGCACCUUCCGUUUCCAAGGCUCGAAUGCUCUCAAGUUGGGCUCCCGCUACUGGUACUACUACAUCGUUGAUGGCUACCACGUCUCUCACGACCCGGCCAAGGAAUUUGUGACUGAGAAGACCACCGGCCGCAAGCUCAACAUCAUCGACGUUCCAGGAGGAGACAAGUCCAGCUCCAAACCAGCCCGACCGAGUGUCAACACCGAGGUGCCGACCUCGCGCCACAGCAGGGAGAUUCCACAGGGUCGUGCACUGAGCCCUGGCAAGAUCCAACAUCCAAAGCCCAGCAAGCCCUACGCGUCCCGUCAGUUACGCGAGGCCGACUAUGAGGUUUCGCCUGUGGACGACCUCGAGGAACGCUUCGCAAGCUACCACAUUGCUGACUCGUCGGCCUCGCCGUCCGAGUUGUCAGACGACAGCUCCUCGUCCGGUACUGCCUUCUCGCGCUCCUCUCCCUCCAGUCUAUCAAGUGUCAGCGACCACAGCUGCCGCUGCGAGCGUUAUGGAGUGACACGCUCCGGCCAACGGGUCAAACUCGACUGCGGCGGUAAGCGAUGUGGUGCAUGGAGCUCGAGUUCCUCUGAAUGCGAUUCGAACGACAGUUCCGAAGAGUCCAGCGAGGAUGAGCGAGACCGUCAUGCGAGGAUGCGCAAGGAGGCAGAGAAGAAAGGCGCACCGGCUGCAACUGCGACAAAGACAAAAUCCAGUGGCGGGGACGAGAGGAGGAAAACUGUUGUCGUGGAGAGGAGACGCAAGUAG